GGCAACCCGGGAAGUGGACGCCAUUUUCAUAUUGUUUGACUGUCAUUUGAAGAGGCGGCUCGUAAUUUCCGCGUCAGAAUAUUACAAUUUCGUGCGUGUUUUGAAAAACAAAAAGAAAUCGGGAUAUUUCCAUAAUGGCAUACAACAAGCAAUAUAAUACCCGGAACUCUGGUCGCUACAACACUCCGGGCCAGUUCGUACCAGAGGAGCUGGUGCCGGGCGCGGGGCUGCGCGCGCGCUCCGUCGCCGCCACCGCACCGCCCACCUCUGCGUCGGCGCCGCAGCCACAGUACCAGACGGUCGGUCAGCGCAAGCCUAUGCAGAACCAAAACCAUAACCAGAAUCUCAACCAGAACUUGCAAACUGUUCCGAUACAGAACAUCGACAUCGACAUGAAGCCGGUAGAUGUAUUGAACAACUCAGGGGCAGGCGCCGGCGCAGGCGACGCUACGCGCCCCCAUUGGAUGAAGCCCAAGUUGCCUGGAGUGAAGAAGGUGACCAACAAGGAGCGCCGGCGGCGGCAGAACGAGAGCCUGCGCAAGCUGCUCACACCCAAGAACGCGCUCAUGGUGCUCCACGAGAUGCUGCCCAACGACCAGCUUACCAACGUAUUUUCUGUGUCGCAGCAAUUUAGAGUGGAACCGGCGGGGCAGUUCAACCAGUACUACAACAGCAAGCAGGGCGGACACAGCUUCUGUGCAGACCUCACCAUCAACGGGAACAGCUACAAAGGAUACGGUGAAAACAAGCUGUCAGCACGCAAUGUGGCGGCCGAACAGGCGAUACGGGAUAUCAUCAUCCAGAAAAUGAAUAAAGUGCUUGGUAAUAGUGAAGAGAUGGAGACCGAAGGCGACGAUGAUGCGGCGCUGCCGAUGAUCCAGCUGGCGUCGUACGCGCUGCACAAGCUGUUCUCGGAGUGGGAGUACGACGGACACAAGGUGCCGCAGCUCAAACCCAGCUCAUCAACCGUCUCUAUAAGCGACACCGCGUCGGAGACGGAGGGCGCCAAGAGCAAGGUGGCCAAGAAGAAGGAGCUGCCGGCCAACGCGGCCGCCAUGCACCCGUGCAUGCUGCUGACCUACAUGCGGCCGCACCUGGAGUACCGCGAGCUGGCCGUGGACGGCGACCGCCCGCAGAACAUCCUCUUCACGCUCGGGGUCGACGUCGAUGGCUCCACAUACAUCGGCAAAGCGCCCAACAAGAAGGAGGCUCGCAAGCAGGCGGCCAAGUCGGCCUGCCAGGAUAUUUUCGGCGUGCAGUUCAACGAGAAGCCCACCGACAACGCGCCGCAGGGCGCCGCCUAAUGCCGGGCGGCGCCGCCCGCGGCCGCGGACACACACACCAAACAAGGCCAGUACCUUCUGAUAACACUGAAAAAGAAAGAUUAAUGGCAUCGGAAAGUCUUUUGACUUAGCACAUACAUAACUAUAGUCCGUUCAAGAAUGAUCUUCAUAAAAGGUAAACAAAUAUGGCUGCCGAUAUUUUUUAUUUGUGUCAAACUGCAUACUAGUGAAGUGCUGAAUUGAUUUUAGCUCAAGUUAUUUUAUCAAAAUAAACUGACUCUCUUGGGUCGUUUGAAUAUUUUGUAUGAUAAUAUUAAAAUAUAUAUUGUAUGUUUCUUUGUGGUUACACUAACUCACUUUAAAAGUCAUUUAUUCUGCGCAUUUCGGCUUAUUAAGUACAGUACACUCACUUAAGUUAUUCACGGAACUGACUCGUUUUCCUGACCGGAAUGAAAUGUCUCAUCACUAAUCGUCAAAUUGACAGCUAGCCACAGAUUAACAAGAAUUUAUGAUAUCAACUUUUUUGUGUGAGGUUUUGUUUGAUUUUUGUUUUUACAUGAAAAAAUGUGUUUUUAAUAAUUAUUUUACGUUAAUUUCACAUUGAGCUAAGAAAUCAUACAUCUAUUUAGUGCUACGGAUGUUAUUAGAAGAAUACUUUGCGUAGUUUAGGUGAAAUUCGAACAUUCUUUGUAGUAACAGGUUUGUUUACCUUUUAUGAAGAUCAUUUUUGAACGGACUAUAAAUUAAAAUAGUUUCUCGAUUUUCAAUUAAAAAUUCUCUGAUGAAUCGUAAAUUGUAAUAGAUUGGUAAUAAAGUUAAUAUUUCAAUAAGAUUCACGCACUUGAUACAAAUUACACAUAGUAAACUAUUUUUACCGGGUGUGAUUACAUGUUAAAGAAGGUACAAAAAAUACCUUGUUAUUUUUUCAAUGUUAUCAGAAAGUACUCGCCUCGCCGCUGCUCUAGGUAGCUCGGUCUACCACUGGCCGAGAGUACAGAGAAUACAAUCUCACGCAAACUUAUAAAUUUAUAUUAUUGUAGUAUCACAGCUAGUAUUGGUUAAGUAAUGUGUUAGAACUGUAGAUUGUGAAGAUAAUUGAAGUUAUUUCAAACUUAAUCUCGUAGUAGCAUAUUUCCAACCACUUGCAACUGAAUAUCAUAUUUCAGUCGCCUCUGCCUGACUCGAUGUUUUCGGAUUUUCAUAUUUCACAAUUUGAGAAAAUGUAAAGUUGAAGCACAGAGCAGGUUCGUAUUAUCAAGUUAUACUAUGGUUAUAUUAUGUAUUGUGUCCAAAACCCACAAUGUGGAAUUUAUAUUUUUAUAUCUAAAAUCCAUUAAUUAUCCUACCAUCAUUAUCAUUUUUUUUAUGUAAGGGUAUGAAGGAAUGUCAAUGAAUUUAAUGGAAAAUACAUGAUAUGAUAACUGAUAGGGCUCGUAACUUUACCAUGAAUUUUGCAACUCCGUACUUCGUAUCAAAUGAUACAUCGUUUGUAUAGACAAUUACGCUGCUGGCGUAACAUUUUUGUAUUAUAGUUAUAUUAUUACUGACAAUACUCAAGUUAUAAUUACUUAUCAAAAUUAAUAAAUCAUGAUGCAGCUGUGUCUUCCUCUAGAAAUAUUGUAUUUGUAUGUGCGCCUGCGUUUUGCGCUAACGUCUGCGCACCUUAAUAUAUCCUGCGUACCUGACCGCAUCAUCAUCAUCAUUUGUAUGUAAAGUGCUUUAGGACAUAUCUGUGGAGCCCUGGCAAUAAUUUAGUUGUAAGCUGAAUGAUGUAAUUCUAGUAUUGCCCACAUAAUUGGUCCACUUUUUCAUCGGUGGAUGCCUUGACCAUGUUGUUAUCUUCUCCGAUAAUUAUUUUUUUCUUUCUAGAAAAUAUAGUGAAUGAAUUCUGCAAAAAUA